AUGAAUAACUCUGACAUUAAAUUAAAUAAAAAAUAUAGUUCAAAAUCUAAAAAUAAACAAAUAGAAGGGAAAUGUAAAAAUAAAAGAAAAUUAAUACGAUUAAGAAAUGGUCAUUUCAGGAGAAUCGUAGAUAAUGAAUCUAUAAACAAAAAUAACAACUUACCUUUAUCAUGCACUUGUAUUUGUGCUACUCCUAGAACAGAAGAAACUUAUAUUGCUAAUUCAAAUGGAAAUAUAAAUAAUAGAUACAGUUCAUUGGGAGGAACGAAAAAAUUUGAAAAUAAAAAAAAAAGUGAUAUAAAGAGCCAUUUUUCAAAAAGUAAAAAUAAAGUUAAUUAUGUCGAUGACUUAAAUAGCGAUAAAUCAGAAGUAUUGCAAAAAGACAAAUCUAUGGAUAAUCCUUCAAUUGGAACAAUUUCUGAUAUUUCAUUUACACAAACAAGUAAAAAAAGUGAUGAUGAUAAUGCUUCUAUAAUAGCCGAAUUGGAAACAGAAAAAGAAAAUAAAUAUGCAGUUUCAAGCACAGAAGAAGAAGAGCAAGAAGAAAAGGAAGAAAUAAAGGAAAAGGAAAAAGGGAAAAAAAUAGAGAAAGAAAAGGAAAAAGAGAAGGAGAAAGAGAAAGAAAAGGAUAAGGAGGAAGAGAAGGAGAAAGAGAAAGAGAAACAAAAAGAAAAAAUAGAAGAGGACAAGAAUUUUAAGGAUGAUGACGGAUUUAUGGGAGAUACUGAAAAUGAAACAAAAAAAAAGGAUAAAACACAUGACGAUAAAAAAUUAAUAGCUCCAUCAAAAACGUUAAUGAAAGGAACAAAAGCAAAUAUUUACUUUUUAUCUAACAAAGAAAUGGUUGAAGCCUUAAUGUGUUAUAAUUAUAGUUGUAAUGCUAUAAUUUUUGAAAAAGAUAAUUUUUUAAGAUAUCUAUACCUAAAAUCAAUUAAUAAUUUCAUUUUAAAUGAACGUAUGAUUGAGGGUUUGUGUAAAAAAGAAAAUAUCAAAUAUGUUCUAGCAUGUAAUUCAAUUAUAAUUGAGUCUAGUGAUUUUAUCAAACCACUUAUUGUUGAAUUUGAGUCAUCAAUGGUUAAAAAGAUAUUUGUUAGACACAUGAAACUUACUGCUCAACAAAAAAUGGAUAUCAACAAAUACAACGAAUAUAUAGAAGAGCUUGAUCCGUCUGAAAAAUUAAGAUUGAGAAAAGUUGAAAGAUUUCAUUCUUAUAAUAUGUUAGUUACCAAUAAUUAA